GUCACAUGAACAUUGUUUAGAAACAUGGCGACUGCCUACCAGUCCAGGUCUCUUCAGAUGAUAAAAGCUAGCGAUAUGAAUAAAAUGAUAGAUCUAGAUAGUGUUAGAUCUAUAAACUUCACAUAAAUGUAAAAAACCGUUAACAAUUUUUAUUUUUUAAUAUGAUGAAUACGGGGGAUUCUGUAAAUAUAGAUACAACUCGCGAAUUUCUUAGAAGUUUUUCAGUGAUAGACGUGGAAGAAUCGGACUCAGAUUCCGACUAUGAAGAACUUUCACCGAUACCCGAAACACCUGCAGAUUUGGAUAUUAAUAUCUCCACUGACGAUGCCGACGCCAGUGGAGCUAAGCUGAUCCCGUACAAGGAUGUCUUUAGACAGCCGGUACCUUUCUCCGGCCAGCGUGACAACUGCUGGAUCCCCGGCGUACCCAUCACUGUGGAGAUCACGUUACACGACAGGCAGCCUGCAUCUAACGUCCUCAACCCUAACCUGUACUUGAUCAAAGUGAAACAUGGAGACUUUGAAUGGACUAUCCUCAGGAGGUACAAGCACUUCAGGCAGCUUCAUGACUCACUGGCCUUCUUCCUGGCCAAAUACAGGAUGCCCUUGCCAAACAAAAACUAUCAUGAGAGGAGGGCCACCAUCAUGAAAGACAUCCGUGGACACAAGAAGCGCCAGAAAGAUCGGCAGCAGCAGACUGUGAGACUUCCAAAAAGGCCAGAGGCUUUGGUAUCUGAAGAUAAAAUUGACACAAGAAUUAAACAACUAAAAGAGUAUCUUGAGAAUCUUGUCCUGUGCAAGUCCUACAGAAACCACCCAGAAACACUGAAGUUUUUUGAAGUUAGUCAUCUGUCAUUUGUGAACAAGCUGGGAAUCAAAGGUAAGGAAGGUCUGAUAGAAAAAUGUUCUGGCGGCAGAAGAAUCAACAUCCAGUGUUGUGGCUGCUUACAGAAUGUUCACUUUGCUGGCACUUGGAAUAAAAGGUGGCUGGUGGUAAAAGAUAAUUUUCUUCUCUAUGUACGCCCAGAGGAUGGCCACAUCAGUGAUGUGCUUCUCAUGGACUCAGCCUUCUCUGUCAAACAUGGCUUGUCUAACACUGGCAGGAAUCACGCCAUUCUCAUUGAGAAUCUCAGCAGAAAACUUCUCAUUAAAUGCUGGACAAGUCGUAAAGCAAAAGAGUGGGCGGAGCAAAUUCAGAAUGUUGCAAGUAGGCAAGCCAUAGACUACAUCCAGAAAAAUAGAUUUGGUUCGUUUGCACCAGCCAGAGAAAACACAUAUGCAAGAUGGUUUGUAGAUGGCAGAAGUUAUUUUGAGGCAGUGGCAGAUGCUCUGGAAAAAGCCAAAGAGGAAAUUUAUAUAACAGACUGGUGGCUGAGUCCUGAAAUCUACCUGAAGAGACCAAUAGUAGAUGGUGAUAAGUGGAGGCUUGAUGUUAUAUUGAAGAGAAAAGCAGAAGAAGGGGUCAAGAUUUUUGUUCUUCUGUACAAAGAAAUAGAAGCAGCUCUAUCUAUUAAAAGUAUUUACAGUAAACAGACACUUAUGUCUCUCUGCCCUGAAAAUAUAAAGGUGCUGCGCCAUCCAGACCACAUCCCAGGUAAAGGUGUAUUGUUAUGGGCACAUCAUGAAAAGCUGGUCAUCAUUGACCAGCAGAUUGCUUUCACAGGUGGUCUAGAUCUCUGCUAUGGGAGAUGGGAUGAUGAGUUUCACAAGUUGACCGAUCUGGGAUCUAUAAGUUUGAUGCCGAAACCCAACACACCAGAAAUUAGGAUAGACAAUAACUAUGCACAUGAAUUCUCCAGCAAUACAGAGUUAUCUGUGAUAUCCAGUGACAAUGCUAGUGUUUCUGAAAUUAACCUAAGGACUUCAUCUCAGAACAAUGUUGUACCAAGUAUCACAAGUACCAAAGAUGACAAAGCUAAACAGUGUUUGUCAGGCUCCAACCCAUCCUCUCCACAGGUUCUUUCUGCUGAGUCUCAACGCUCUCUUUCCAGCACUAGCUCUCAUAGGCAACCUCUUGAUGCUAAAAUCAUUGUAAAGGUGACAAACACCAAUGAUGAGCAGGUAAGCGAUAGUGAGGUCGCCUCCACCCGAAGCUACCCCAGUGACAGCUCACUCAGCAACACAGGGCAAGAGCUUCAGCCGCAGAACAUUCAAUUCAGGUACUCCAAGUCAGACAGCGACACAGAGAGUGUGGCUUCCUCAAAGCCCCCUGACUCUCUCCCUAGGGCUGUGGACAUUGAAGGCUUCACUGAGACAGAACUCCAAGAAAUCAACCAAUCUAUGCAGCCAUUCAGAAACUUUCACAGACAGCGAAGUCCUAGGUCAGAGCUUGGAGCUGAAGUAGUAUUAAGUGUUUCUCUUGAAUCAGGAAAGGGCUUUGACCCUCUCCUAGACAAGGAGAUAAUCUGUUCACCAGAUGCUGCUGACAUUCCUGACCAUGCCAGACCCAGAUCAUCCCCUGCAUCUCAUCAGAAAGCCCGCCAUUCCUUGUCACCCCAAAGUAAAAAGGACAAGUCAUCUCCAUCCUCUUCACCCAAAACUAAACUAAAAAAUGAACAAAAUGGGUCUUCAGUUGCUGGCGCUGGCGUCAGUGCUUCCCAUCUCUGGAAGAGAAGAUCAAAAAACCAGAACAGUUUACAGCUUAAAAUGCCAGAUAAAAACAGUGCUGACAAAAUCUCACAACCCACUGAUGGCAGACAACAAAACAGGUUGAAUUCAUCAGGAGAAAUUAAAUCUGUCAGAAAUGGCACUAGGCAUUUAUCACUGUCUUCCAAGCCAAGAAAAAAAGACAGGCAAAAGAUGGUUUCAGAUGAAGUCAGAUUUCAAAGUACAUCCAACACUGUAGAUAUUAUCACUGAAAAUCAGGCCAGCCCAGACACAAUACAAAAAGCUCCUGGCUCUGCACCCGUAUCUUCAUCUCGGAAUUUUAGCUUUGCCAGCACUGCUACUGCAGCCAAUGCCCUGAGGAAACUUUUGCACCGGAGAGAGAGCAAUAACAAUGAUGAAGUGGAUGACAACUCAGGCAAAACAAACAUGGCCAGGAGGAGGUGGAGGAUGAUCCUGAAUGUGUCCAAGUUUGAGUCCAUGGUGCGCAGUCCACAAGAGCCAGAAAGGAUUGAUGAAAGUCUUUUCUAUAACCAAAACAUCAAACAUCCUUCCACAAGAAGCAAACUAGUGAAGUCCUUUAAAGAUGGUGUAGAUAGGCUUAAGAGACAUGGUCGCAGAGACAGUGAUGUUGACAUGCAGCUACAGUUGGACAAGAACUACCUCCAGGUCCCCAGACAGCUCUACCAUACACAGAGCGAAGAAGACAUUUUGGAGCGAGGCUUGCAAGGUUCAACAAAGUUGUGGAUAGGAAAAGAUUAUGUAAAUUUUAUCCAUAAGGAUUUUGUGGGGCUUGAUCAGCCUUUUGAUGAUUUCAUCAAUAGAAAAGAAACUCCUCGAAUGCCUUGGCAUGACAUUGGUUGUGUAGUCUAUGGGAAGUCUGCUAGAGAUCUAGCUAGACACUUUAUUGGAAGAUGGAACUUCACUAAGCUGGAGAAGUUUAAACGCAAUCCCUCCUACCCUCUGCUGUUGCCUAAAACUACCAGCAAGUUCUAUAUCCCUCAGUCAAUCAAAGGAAUCACAUUUGAAGUCAAAGCUCAAAUACUGCGCAGUAGCACCGGUUGGUCAGCUGGUUUAAGUCAGCCUGAAGACUCAAUACACAAAGCUUAUGAGCACUGCAUUGAGAAUGCCAGAGACUAUAUCUAUAUUGAAAACCAGUUCUUUAUUUCACUUGUAGAGGGCAGUGGAGUCAAUAACUGCAUUGGCAAUGCCCUCUAUAAACGCAUCCUCAGAGCACAUAGAAGCAACAGUAAUUUUAAGGUCUAUGUUGUUCUGCCUUUGCUGCCUGCUUUUGAAGGAGAAUUUGGGACUAGCACUGGGGUGGCCUUACAGGCCAUCACCCACUGGAACUAUGCUUCCAUCUGCAGAGGAGGGAACUCCCUGAUGGAGAAGUUAUCCAAGGAAGUGCCUGACCCUAAUAAAUAUAUUGUUUUCUGUGGCUUGAGGACCUGGGACAAGCUGAACAAUAAACUGGUGACUGAGUUAGUCUAUGUACACAGUAAACUCAUGAUAGUGGAUGACGACACUGUGAUAAUUGGCUCUGCCAACAUCAACGACAGAAGUCUGUUGGGAAACAGGGACAGUGAGAUAGCUGUCAUGUUUGAAGACGUUCAGAAAACCGAUGUCAUGGUCAAUGGCAAAAAGUACACAGCAGGGAAGUUUGCUUCUUCUCUGCGUUGGACAAUCUUCAGAGAACAUCUAGGUAUACACAAUGAGCCAGACUUUGUAGAUCUAACAGACAUUAGCUGUGAUAGUUUUUAUAAAGAUGUUUGGAUGAGGAUAGCUGCAGUCAACACCACAUGUUUUGAUAAGGUGUUUCGUUGUCUGCCUACUGACAAUGUGACCAACUUUGCUAAAAUGCGUCAGUACCAAACUGUGCUGCCACUAGCUCAAACAGACGAGGCUGAGGCCAUGAAGCUGUUGAAUAAGGUCAAAGGUUAUUUAGUUCUAUUGCCCUUGCAGUUCCUAAGAGAUGAGAACCUGGCCCCCAGAGUAGGACAGAAGGAAGCACUUCUACCUAUCUCCCUAUGGACAUAAAAAAAAAUAAAUAAUGAAUUUUUUUAUUGAUGAAUGGUAGAUAAUCAUUAUGUUUGUUUAAUAAUGAUUAUUUUAUGGAAAUAUACAUAUCAUACGCUGGGCUUACAUGUUUAUGCACAAUUUCAAUUCUUAAAAUUAAGCAUGUAUUAUUUGUUAUAAAAAAAAUUAUAUUUGAAACCAGGGUGAACGACUAUCUGAAUUUCUCUUAUGCACUUUUUUGUUUUUUUAUAACCUAAAGGCUGUGUAAAACUCUUUUUAAAACUGCUUUAUAAUUUGAUGGGAAAUUGCUGAAUGUUUUGUCUUUCUUUCUGUAUACUGUUAUUCCUUUUAUCAGGUUGCUUCCCCUUUUACUAACUUUCCCAUAAACCUCUUUCUUAUUAUGACUUGUAUUAUUUUUAUUUGUUAUGUUCAUUCUGUGGUUUUGUUGUUAUGUUAUCCCCCCCGGUUUUAUGUUGCAAUUCAGUCAUAAUUUUACUAUUCAGAAUUACUUAUAUGAAUGAGACCUGCUGUGGUGUAUUCAUAAUUCUUUGUGAUAGAAGUACAACCACGGUCUGAUUUCAAGAGGCAGCAGAAACUAUUAAAGCAUUUUUGUGUUGUUUCUUUUUUUAUGCAGUGUUGGAAGCAAUUAAAACCAUUUUGUUAUCUAACUUAAAACAAGAGUAUUUGCAUGGCUGUUUUCAGAUAUAAGACUGAGAUCAGGUGCUAAGUGCAAGGUUGGCUUAGACAGUAUGCAAAAUGUCUAUGAUUUGCUUCAUUAACUAAAGUAUGUAGUCAUUCAGUAGUGAAGAUUGAAUAGGAUUGUCCAUGUUUGUAGACUACUAAGUUCUCAUAUUCAGAGUUAUUGAAAUAUUAAGAUAUGAUGUACUACUUUAAUGUAAGGGUGAUGUAAUGUGUUUGAGCUUACUGAAGGAUUGAUGCAUUGUAGCAUAUACUUUUUUUUUAACCUUGGUAAGUUGUUAUAUUCUUAACUUGUGAUGAUGUUAUGUAUCUCAUCUCAUCGGUACAUAGUGUUUCAUUAUUAUUCUUUACUGUCAGCUUUAAACUUAAGUAGAUCAAGUGUCAUACUGUAUUGACAAGCAGGAUUAAUUGGAAGAUAAAUGGAAUACAACAUAUCUCUUCAGUUGUUAUAUGUUGAGCAUAUAAGUGGCUCUCCACCACCAUGUUAUUUAUCCAACACUUACGCUUAUGUUCAAUUUUGAAUUGUUCACAUAUUCUUGAAGCAGUCUUCAUGUUGAUGUCACUGUUGCACAAUCAUUUGGAAUUGCUCUAACAAAUGGGCAUUAAACUGUAGUCUAAGUGAAACAUUUUUCACCAAGAUUUCAAGUUUAUUUAUAGAUAAUACAAGAUGGAAAAGUUACUCAACAACUACAUAUUUCAUUUAAUCAUAAAAUAAAAUGUAAUAUAUAACAGCACUAGAAGGCAAUUUUUUGUUGAGAGAAAAUGAUGAAGAAAAUAUAGCAAUUCUGGCUUCUUUUGUAAAAAAAGAUUGUUAUUUAUACAAAAUAAAAAUUAAGGAGUAAUCAAUAGUGAAAAUUUAAUUUUGUCUACAAUAUUUUCAUGUUAAAAAAAAAAACAUAAAAUAAUUAUUUAUGUUUAUUUGUGUGUAGCUUAACUUAGGUUGAGAUGACUGGUUUUAUGGUGUCGGGUUGCUAUAACUCCCAAACAUUCCUUUAGAUCAUGUCUUGCAAAUUUAUCAUUUUGUGUAAAUCAAAGAAUACAACUAUGUUAAAGCAUCUUUUUGUUAAAGCAUCUUGUCUCUCCCUUGAAAAGAAUGGACUGGACUGAGAAGAACCAUCAACUAUUCAAUUGCCACAUUAUUACACUUGUUAACAAAAUAUUGCUGAAUAGUUUGUUUUAUUCAAAUAUAUAUAAAUGUUAUUUUUAGUUGAAAGCUUUACCACUGAAUUCUCAAAAUAACUACAGUGGUUUCUUUAUUAUGUUGUUUUCCCUUGGUGCCUUUUUAAAACAAAUAUAUUUCUGUUACAUUUCUCUAAAUAAAUGUCUUUGUAACUUUUUUUAUUGACUUUUUUUUUUAUCUAAGAGUUUUACUUGAUGAAAGUUAUGUUACUACCUUAGAAAUCUGAGUAAACAGGAACUGUCAUUCAAAAUCAGUUUUAUCUAGUCUUUUUUUUUUUAAAGCUAGAUAAAUUUGUAUCAUUAUAACAUUCUUAACCUUUAUACACAUUCAAAUAUCUCAGAACAUCAUUUUUCUAAAUUUCUUAUACUGGUAGUUAAUUUUUUUUUCUUGUCUGAGUGAUUCUUAAUUGUCUGACAAAACUAUUUUGUAACAAGAUAGUGUAAUGGAAUUCUAUGUAAUGUUCAAGCAGUUGCUACAAAUCAUUGAUUCUUAUGCUUUAAUAAAAAAAAAACAUUAAAAUUUCUAUCUUUGAUUAAUCAAAUUCUAUUUGGUUUGUUACAUACAAAUAUAUCAGUAACUGUGUUGACAUGCAUCUUGUUAAGUAAAUGUGUAUAUACACUGUACAUAUCACAGGUUUCAUUGCCAUUUUGUGUAUUAGCUGACAUUGACUGAGUGCCAUCAUAUGUACUUAGAGAUUGUUCCAGUUUUAAUAGCUUUGUUUAUUCCCUUUAGUUGACUUAAUAUACUUACUGCCAUGGUUAGAAGUUGAAUAGAAUUAUUUUUUUUUAAUUUAUUUAUUGGCUGUCAGUUUCCCUUUUAUAAAAACAAUGACUGCUUUAUACAUUGAUCAAGUUCUAUUCCUUAAUAAAAGUGAUUAACUUUUAGUGUAAAGAUCAAAUUAUAUACUGAAAACAAUUAAGUUUUAUUAUAAUAUUGUGAUCAAAUUUGAAUAAAUGAUAAAUGAUUUUUUUUACUAUUUGGCCCCUCAGAUAUUAUAAACUGAAUCUUUACUACUUACACUAAAUAUUUGUUUUAAAGGGGCAUUUAAAUUCCCAAUAUUCUUGUUAUUGUUUUCUAUUAUUAUUUGUAUGUAUAUUAUUUAUUUGUUUUCUGCUAAUUUAUUAUUUGAUUCUUUGGACAUUCUUCCAGAAGCCAAAAAAAAAAUGCUGCAUUCCCAAAGAAUUGAGUUGCUUUUUAUUUUCUUCAUAAACUAAAUACAAAACUUGUAUGAUUAAACUAAGGAAAAAGAUGUUUGUCCUAGUUUUCUUUGCUAUUUGAAUUCCUUAUGAGUCUCAACUGCAGUAAGGCAAAAGAAGUUUUUUUGUCUCUCAAUGACUGCACGCUAUUAAGAAAUAAGAUCAAUUGCUGGCACUGUCAUAAUUGAUUAUAUUUGGUUUGUAGUCACUAUUUGUUAGGUCUGUAGCCUUGUAGAACUGAAAGUAUUUAGUUUCUAAAUUAUGUUUUGACAUAACAAAAAACAUAACAUGUACUUCUGUUUGGUACUAUAAGGAUAUUUUGUUUUACUAAACAAAUAUCUUGUAUCCAUUUUUCAGCUUGAUAUAGUUUUAAUAAAUAUUUUUACAAAGCUUAUAUCAACUCGCUCUGUCUUUCUGUCUGGUACCACUUUCCAACUGGUCCAGACAAGUGAUAGGAUUAUAGUGUAUUGAGAAAGCUAAAAGCAUGAAAUAGCGCUAAACAAAAUAUUUCUAAUUGCACAGAUUUAUUAUUGUUAGUCUAGAGCUAUUACAAAUUAAAUUACAUGACUGAUCCAAACUAACUGAUAUAACUACACUAAUAUUUUUAUUUAAGUUUUUUUUUUUUUUUUACUUUUUUUUUAUUUUAUUCACCAUGCUUAAUUAAAUGAUUCUUUUUACAAGAUAUAAAAGUACAUUUAUGAAUGUCAAAAAUAUAAAUUUUUAUUAGAGUUGAAAAUGUGUCUAAGUCACCUCUUCUAUUACUAUUUUAUAUCUCAUUACUUAAUCAUAAUGCAGUCUUUUGUUUUCUAUAAUUUUAUUAUUAUUAAUCCAAACAGAAAUACAUGUGAUGCUAUUUUUUGUUUUAUUUGUUUACAAAAGGAAAUAGAAAACCUUGUGUGAAUGUAAACAGUGAGGACAUGUGUCAUUGUACUUCACUGUAUGACUGGAAUGUUUCUUUGUUCUUCACUUUAUGACUGGAAGAAUAUCAUUGUUACAUUGUCUUUCUCUUUAUGACUAUGAGAAUGUAAUGAUUUCAUUUAAUGUACUUCGCUUUAACUAGUUUGUGGAUGUGUGUUGAAAUUUUUUUUGUACAUUCCAAUUAUUAUAUACAAAGACAAAGUUGUAUGUGUGCUGUAGUUUAUCAACAUUAGAAGCAUCAAGUGAUCAUGAGUUCCUAAAUUUGCUGUUCCAUUUUUAGCACAUAUUGUAGUAUAAUUUCCUUUCAUGAUUAUUUAUAUUAUUAUAUUUUUUUGCUGUCCCGAUGAUACUUCAGGUCAAGGUGUUUCAUUACUGUCCAUGGUUCACAACCUGUGUGCAGGGAUGUGCUUCAGUCACAAUUCUCCUAAUCAGAUUCUUUGGAACUGAAUUAGCUUGGUAACUACUGUAUUAGAUCCAGGGGGCACCUUUUAAGUAUGGCUGAUAAACUCAGAUUUUUUUAUACAAGAUGAAAUGUAUGAGAGAAUAUUGGCCUUAUUGUGAGCUAAGACAUUUUUAAAAAUUGUAAAUAAUAUUUCUCAUUAGAACCUUUUUUUUUCUUUCUGUUUUUCUUCCUUCCUUUAGUUGCUGGUGAUAAGUGCGCUUGUAUUUUUACAAAGCAAAGGUUUGGAAGCAUAAAAGAGUUUCAUGUGAUUAUAUUUGUUCUCUAUUAAAACAUUUAAUGUUGAAAUGACUUGUCUUAUGAACAUUCAUUGACUAUUCCAGUGGCCUUCUUAGUGUUGCAAAUAUUCUUAGGAGACUUUAUUAUUUCUAUCAUUCCUUUUGUUUUUUUGUCAGACAUUAUUGUUUACCUCAUAAUUCAUAACUUUAUUAUCAAUACAUUGCACUGUAUUUGGCUGUUUAUUUCUUUUUACAUCAAUCUUGUUUCUUAAUUUAAAAUGUAAGUAAUCUGGUAUUGAAAUGAAUUGUAUAAUACAUGAUUUCUUUUUAAAGUUUUAUCUUCAUAAUAUUUUUCUUUUAGAAAAUUUAAAGUAAGUUUUUUUUUCUCUUACAUUUGUAUACUUCUUUAAUUUUCCUUUAAUAUAUUUGUAGACAAAUAGCUUAAAGAUUUUAAAAUCUACCAAAUGGAUUGAUGGGAAGGACAAAAAAGAAAGACAGUUUUGUUUUUUUCUUGUUUGUAUCUGGUGUGAUAUCAACGAGACAGAAACAUUCCUCAGAGAGUGUGUUUGAAUGAAUCUUUUUAAGCAGCACUUUUUUUAGAAGAGUUCCUUGAUGCUGGUCUUGUUGUUGGGCUUGUUGUUUUUGAAACUUGUGAGUUGUUGUUCUUUGACUAAGUCUUUCGCUCUGAUACUUUCUUAAUGAAAAUGUUUGAUGCUUGUACUCUUAUACUACAAUCAGAUUGUGAUUUUUUAGUGCAUACCUAACAUAGCACUCUAGAACUUUCUAUUAAAUUUGUACUUUUUUGCUUCUUUGUCGAGUGGUUAACAAGGGAUUUAAUGUGGACAGCACAACAUAAAAAUACUUUCUCUUUUCCCAAAGCAUGUCAGGUACCCUCUAUAGCUUGGUAACUUCAGGAGCAUUCUAUCCUUAGUAAUCACAACUAAGAUUUGAACUUAGUAUAAAUUAACAUUGCUGGCAAAGUGUUUACCAAUCGAAUAAUUUUUUUUUUUUUAAUUGAGCAUCUCUGGUUGAAUACAUUAGAAUAGAAAACAGAAGAAUGAGCUAUUUCAAUUAGAAUAGAAAACAGAUGAAUGGAUUAUUUCAAUUAGAAUAGAAAACAGAUGAAUGGAUUAUUUCAAUUAGAAUAGAAAACAGAUGAAUAAAUUAUUGGCAACAGCUUAUAGUGUUCACUUAUUCAAGAGUUAUGAAUGUUAUUGCUAUUAUAAAUACUUUUUUUACUUCAUUAUUGAGGGGGAGGGUAUUACAAAGCUUAUAUCAACUUACUCUGUCUUAUAGUCAGAUCAAGUUGAAACUUUGAACAAUUAUUUAUUGUACCGGUACCUAACAAAACAUGACUUAAUUAAAAAAUUAACCAGUUAGUCAAUUACUUAUUGGUAAUUAAUUAUUUUGUUUCAUAUUGAAUAAGGCAAAUAACUUCUACAUGAUUGAGAGAUAUAGUUUUAGGUGUAUCUUUCCUUAGAUAAGCUUUGUUGGUUUGUUUGUUUGUUUUUUAAAGAUUUUGCUUGUUUUUUUUGUAUAAUGUUUAAGCCUAAUAAUUUUUAUUUAAUAAAGUUACAGAAAAAAAAAGGAUUAACAUUUCUAAAAAUCUUUUAACACUACAAUCAACCUAACAUGCCAUUCAUGACUCCAUUUCAUUCAAAGAAAGUACCCCAUGACCCCCAAUACAUAUUUUGACAUUGAUUGUGGAGACUCUUUACAACCCCGUGGAGGGAGAGGUCAUAAGGCAUUUAGUAACUCCUGUUUAGACAAGAUAUCUCUACUAACAAUCUCGCUCUAUUUUUUAAAAUACUUAUAGAUCUUUUUUUUCUCCAUUUUCUGUGACAUUAUCUACUUUUGAUUAUUUAUCUCCGUACUGUUACCCCAUACUUGCAAGCCUUGGCUCUUGAACUAUCAGGUUGUUUUUUUUUUACCACAAAUACAGAAAAAAAUCAACUCAAAAUGUUUUAUUUCACCCAUUGCACCUGCCAACUUACAUUAGUGAAGUAUUGUGAAUCACUUGACUAUAUAAAAGGAAUACAUUUACUGCUAUCUGACCACACAAUGGAUUCAAAUGGCAAAGCGACAAGUUAACACGUUUUAUGUUUAAUUGUUACUCAAUUUUAUUUGUCUUUAUCUUACACUUACCUAAUUCUGAAUAAUAUUUCAAGUUUGUUUCUUUUUAUUUAACAGCAAUUCUAUAAAAAUUGUAUUCUAAAUUACUAUUUGUGAUUUUUUAAUAUCAUGUUGACAAUAAAAAGGUAUUUUUACUAAUA